UCAACUAUUGCCACAUAAUGGGAAGUAAUGAAGCACCUAACAUUUCAAAUUCAAUUAUAUUGGUGUUAGUAGCUUUGGUCUCCGUUACAAAUGGCGGAGACAUAGUAGUUUAUUGGGGCCAAGACGGUAGAGAAGGUUCACUAAGUGCCACAUGCAACUCUGGACUGUACAAAACUGUCAACAUAGCAUUCCUUUCUGCAUUUGGAGGUGGCACUCAACCGCAGCUAAACCUAGCAAACCAUUGCAACCCCGCAUCAAAUGGCUGCCUGAGUUUGAACAAAGACAUUAAGAACUGCCAGGCAAGAGGCAUCCAGGUCUUGCUCUCCAUCGGAGGCGGAGCCCCUGGCUACUCCUUGUCCUCCUCCAAGGACGCUACAAACUUAGCAAACUACAUCUGGAAUAACUUUCUGGGUGGAAAAUCCAACUCUAGACCUUUUGGUAAUGUUGUGCUGGAUGGUGUCGAUUUUGACAUAGAACUAGGUGGUGGUGCAUCCUUCUAUAUCGUGCUGGCUAAAACACUCUCCAAUCUCAGUAAAGGUGGACAGAAAGUUUACCUAAGCGCUGCACCACAGUGUCCCUUCCCGGAUAAGCAGCUGAAUGGGGCAUUGUCAACGGGGCUAUUUGACUAUGUUUGGAUACAGUUUUACAACAAUGGUCCUUGUGAGUUUGAUGCCAAUAAUCCCAGAAAGUUCCAGAGGUCGUGGAACCAGUGGACCUCAUCCAUAAGGGCAGGGAAGUUGUAUGUUGGGUUUCCCGCGUCACCAUCGCAGUCGGCGGCGGGUAGUGGCUAUGUGCCACCACAGGUGCUCAUGAAUCGAGUCUUGCCUUUUGUUAAGAAAUCAAGCAUUUAUGGAGGAGUCAUGCUAUGGGACAGGUUCAAUGAUCUUCAAACAGGGUAUAGCAGGAAUAUCAAGCCCAGUGUUUAAUGUGUUCGUCUCAAAUUCCCUUCAAUCCAUCUAAUCUUGUAUUUUCUGUCUUACUAGUGGGGCGUGUUAUUGUUAUAAUAGUCAUGAAGCUAAUAAACAUGUGUGUUUCAACUCCUA